GGCCUUAAUCCGGUGUAUUUGAUACAAUAGUGGUAAACAAGUGAGAGCGGAGUAUGAGCAUGUAUUACAUAUCCAGGCUAAGGCUGACAUCCCAAAUACUUGUACUUCAUUUUUAAAUUCAUUUAAUUUAUCACCACUGGACAAGUAGCCUACAGAUGCCUGCCUCGUCACCAAGUGAGGAAGAUUUCUCAUCCAACGCGAGCAUGGUAUCCCGUUUCGGAGUGUCUGAGCUACACGUGUUACUGGGCUUCACCGGGCGAAAAACACGAGCGGUCGCAAGCACCCCCUAAAGAACUCCUUCUGCAGUCCAGCCCACAAUCAAGGAACUUAAUCAACGGUUCCCACCCCAGGGCGGUAGACGGUAGUCUCCCUGACUCGGCGUUCCAUCAAGUCAACGUUCUUCUAGGCAGAGGAAGGCGUUGGUGUUACCGUGGUGAGUUCUGACCUCGGUGACCUGUCUCCCUGGACUCUGACCUGGUCUCUGAUUCGCUGGUGCUCAACGAGGAGACCAAAUAAGGAGUUGAGGAUGAACCUCCAGCAGCCCGCCCCUCUCAUCCCCCCUGUCCACCCAGACAUCCAGAUGAAGUCUCUGCCGUUCUACGACGUGUUGGACAUCCUGGUUAAACCCUCCAGCCUGGGUCAGUGUCUCUCUGGAGCCAGUGGUGUUCAGAGGUACAACCAAGAUAAGUACUUCAUCUUCGCCUUAACGCCUCAACAAGUCAGGGAGGUGUGCAUCUCCAGGGACUUUUUACCAGGUGGCAGAAGAGACUAUAUGGUUCAGAUACAGCUGAGGUUCUGUCUUUCUGAAACCAGUUGUCCCCAAGAAGACAACUACCCUAAUAGUCUCUGCAUUAAAGUCAAUGGGAAGCUGUUCCCUCUUCCGGGUUACGCUCCUCCCCCUAAAAAUGGAGUGGAACAGAAGAGACCGGGAAGACCUCUAAACAUCACCUCAUUGGUCAGAUUGUCCUCUGCAGUACCCAAUCAGAUCUCUAUAACGUGGGCACCUGAAAUCGGAAAGACGUACUCCGUGUUGGUGUAUCUGGUGAGGCAGCUCACCUCUCCUCUACUGCUGCAGAGGCUCAGGAUGAAGGGCAUCAGAAACCCAGACCACUCUAGAGCGCUGAUAAAGGAGAAGCUGACAGCAGACCCUGAUAGUGAGAUUGCUACAACCAGUCUAAGAGUGUCUCUCAUGUGCCCCCUGGGUAAGAUGCGCCUGACAGUGCCGUGUCGAGCUCUCACCUGUUCCCACCUGCAGUGUUUCGACGCAGCCCUCUACCUGCAGAUGAAUGAGAAGAAACCCACCUGGGUCUGUCCUGUCUGUGACAAGAAGGCCCCCUACGAGAGCCUGAUCAUCGACGGGUUGUUCAUGGAGAUUCUGAACGACUGUUCCGACGUGGAUGAGAUCAAGUUUCAGGAGGACGGGACCUGGUGCCCCAUGAGACCACGGAAAGAGGCCCUCAGUGUGUCCUCAACCUGUAUCCCAAAAAUAGAACCACGUCAGUGUGCGGUGGUCCCUCCCCACAGAGAGCCCAGCUCGACCAAUAAGAAGGCAGACGUGAUCGACCUGACCCUAGAGAGCUCGUCAGAGGACGAGGACGACGACGAGGAUGAGGUAGAGCCUGACCCGCCACUCAAGAAGCGAUGCCUGUUCAUGUCCAAGACAGAGGAGAUGCACGCCAAGGGAGUGCUGUCCUAUCAGCCAUCGACGGUGUGCCUGCCAAACGUACACGCCCUGGACACAUCAUCCUACCUGACGAACUCGCUAGCUGACUAUACAGUCCCCUUCCACCACUCCACUAUGUCCACCGUCCCUACGGACAUGCAGAGUCUGGAUCUGUUCUCGCUGAUCCAAGGUGACCCGCAGCAUUACAGAGCCCCUAUGUUCCUGGAUGACCUGACCAGCAACCUGCAGGGUGCCACCACCAGCGCCGGCCUGGUGUCCUCUUCUAGCCAAUACGAGCCCAGCGCCCACCUCUUCUCCGCCUCUUCUUACCAAACCGGGGUUAUUACCGGGGGAGGGGUGGGGUCCAACAGCAUCUCAGACAUCAUCUCAUUGGACUGAUUUUGUCGUGUCACUCAAAGGAGCCGUCUAUCGUAAGCCUUCAAUUGACUGUGUCCCGAAAUGGCAUCUUCACCCCUAUAUAGUGCACUACUUUUGGGCCUUCCAGCAGAAAGUAGUGCACUAUAUAUGUGCAUCAGAAAUGGCUACAUGUCCAUAUCCUUCACCACUGGGACAGACUGUGUCAGUAAAGAUACAUUCCCUUCUUUCACCAGACCCCUGCUUUGUAGGUCAGAGUUGAUAAAAGAAUAAGAUAGUUAGGGCCCCCCUCGCCCGGCAGACUCCACGUUGACUGAGGUGGGGCCCCCCUCGCCCGGCAGACUCCACGUUGACUGGGGUGGGGCCCCCCUCGCCCGCAGACUUCACGUUGACUGAGGUGGGGCCCCCCUCGCCCCGCAGACUUCACGUUGACUGAGGUGGGGCCCCCCUCACCCGGCAGACUCCACGUUGACUGAGGUGGGGCCCCCCUCGCCCGGCAGACUCCACGUUGACUGAGGCGGGG